AUGACAUCCACGGUAGAUGUCGCCCAUUCCUUAACGCCUCUGCGCCGGGCCGCGUGGUGUGUUGUCGGCGGCUACGGGAUUGCAUUAAUUUAUCGCGUCGGUCUUCUGCAGAAACUCCUCCCACGGCGGAUCUCAACAGCGGUGGAUAAUGUCGUCUCGCGUGUAAAGGCGCGAACAGAGCCAUUGGGCAAUACCCAACGCUACGCUGCCGCACGAAAACAUCUCCUGCGUGUUUACACACUCUCUACAAUGGGAAUGUUGUUUGCAGCUGUGGGUGGGGCUGCCUUUUGUGUGUUUCCAAAGAUUCCUAUUGUGAUUCCCGUUGCUCUUACAGUAGUGCCAUCCACAUUGGUGCUUUUACUUCCACGGGAUAUGAUGAUAGAAGCCGGUCGAGUGGCAUGUUUGUUUACAUCCGCCUUAGCGCUUGGGUAUUCCUUUGGGCCUAUUGGUUGGGUGGCAUGGGACUCAUUGGCUAUAUUUACUACUUUGUUGGCAAGUACAAUGACUGGUCUUUGUUUACCACUCUUCUUAACACGUGGAAUGAUUAGUUACGUGUUGAGUUCGCAGUUAUUAUCAUGUGCACUCUCCUUAGCGGCGGUUACAACAGCUCCUUUAUUAAUACCACACACCAAUAAUAAUAAUAAUAUUAAUAAUUUAACUAGUGGUAUUCAACCUGGAGUUAAUGGUAUGGAUAUCCUUCGUCGUACAGAUGUAAAUGUACUACUCACAAUGCAACUUAUCUCCAAUUGGGGUAUUAAUCUCUUACAUACAUUACCCACUAUUGUACAUUUUGUGCGGUGGAAGGAAAGUGAGGAACAAUUGCCUCUCUCUGUAGAUCCUGUGAAGGAAAGUUUAUGUAUCUGUGGUGGUGUAGCCUAUGUAUUCUGGCGUAGUUUCCGCUGGGUCUGCCGUCGUAUUAUUCGCCCAAGGAAUGAAUCCACAGAUGUUGGGAUGAUGAAACCACAAGAAUUAUCUCGAGAUCCAUGGGGUUAUUUAAACCAUAAUGUACUCCGUCGACAAACCACGGGUGGAGUGGGGGCUUCUUUACUUCUCUUAUUGUGGUAUGUGCGGUCAGUGUCGGCAUUGCAGCGGGGAGAGACAGUGGCGACAUUAGAGAGUCUUAGAAGUGUGUGUGCACGUAUAUCACCUGUAAACCUGCUAGUGGCUCGUAUGUAA